AUGACAGAAAUGGACGACGUCAUCGCGAGACUCUCAAGGCUUGGUGUAAUCACCUCAACCGAUGAGGCACCCGGUUCUGUACUGAGUAAGGCGCCUAAAAGCAAAUUCGCGGAUGAUACGUCUCUCGAUAAGCCCGUCAAGGACGAUUGCUCAGAUAACUUCACGUCCUUCAAGUUCGCCCAGCUUUCGCGAGUGGAUUCACACGAGGGAGGGGCAGACAAUAUCAUCUCCAAGUCUCAACUCGCCCAAACGCAAGAAGAACUGCAACGAGUCGAAGCCGAGCUUCAUCAAGCGAAAGACGAGAUCGAAAAGCUGCGGCGUGAAGUCAAAAGCUACAAGCCGAAAAUCGAAUCGGUCACUAAGCCUACGCUUGUGCGAAGACGUAUUAAACACAAUGUCACAACGGCCACAGAAGCCAACGAAAGAGAAUUCAAAGAGCGCAUCCAUUCGCUAACGACAGAGCUUGAGACGACAAAAGCCCAGUUGCAUGAUGUCAGCAAGAAGUUUGAAACGCAAACAGCUGAGCUAUCGGAGGUCAAGACAGAAUUGAAUAUAGCAAGACCCCAAUUAGCCGCAUUAUCUCGACGAAGAAACGAUAAAAGCCUCCAGUUUCGCAUGGUCGAGCUCAAGGAUGGGACGUUAGACACGCAGAUUGACAUGAUAAGGACGUUUCAUUAUGGACCUAAGACUGCAUACCCUUUUGGAGGACUUGUAUACAGCAGACCAACCAUCGCGUACAUGGACUUACAAGAUCGUCUUGCAAGGAACGGGAAGGAUUGUCAAGAAGAUUACAUCGACUCAUCAUACUGGGCCACGAGAGCUUACAAUAUCUUCAAAAAGCUUGGGUCAGAUUAUGCUCCAUCUUGGUUUCAGCAUGCCGAACCACAGCUGAUGGCAUUGUGUGUCGACCAUUUUUUGAAGACCACUCGGUUAAGUCUCGAUCAGUUUAAGAACCUGGAGCCCGUGCGAGAUGGUCUUGUAUAUUGCAUGCCGGAUGUGGUAAAGAUUUCCGCCAGUAGAGGCACUUGCCGGGAGUGCAAUGCACAUCAGGUCUUGGUGAAUGAUUUCGCGGCGCAUUAUGGGUUUCAAUUUGAGCUUACAUAG